AGUGACUGAUCAUCUGACAUACACAACUUAAUCUCAGUAAAAAUUGAAGCAACAAUAUCUUUGAAAAUGAAGCACAUUAUCCUGUCUGUUUUCCUUGUUCUUGUCUGCGGUGCACAGCUUCAUGGGGUGAAUGCUGCUGGUGAGUGUGGGAGAGCAUCCCCAGAGAGAGAGGCAUUUAAACUUGCUCCCUGUGCUGAGGCAUCCGAGGAUGAGAAUGCCCCGGUUUCAGACAGCUGCUGCGCUAGGAUUAAACAGUUGGGUCGAAACCCAAGCUGCCUCUGUGCUGUUAUGCUCUCCCACACUGCCAAAAGUGCAGGAGUCAAAGCUGAGAUUGCUGUCACAAUCCCUAAGCGAUGCAACAUUGUUGAUCGUCCUGUUGGUUACAAGUGUGGCGCUUACACAUUGCCUUGAAGAGUGCAAAUUGAAGAACUCAUCUUACUGUAUCACGAUCUUUCUGUGAAUAAGAAUUGGACAUGGACCUGGAAGUUUGCAUCUGUAUUUAGCUUUUCUAAUAACAGAUGUAAUACAACCUCAUCAAUAUGAAUAAAUGAUUUGUUUUCAGUUCA